AUGAGUUGCAAGAUGACUGCAAGGUUGCUUGGCCAACCUCCAGCAUUCUACACUGUCUUGCACCCGGCAGUCUGCUGCGCUCAUUGCCCAAGCAACUGCCUGGAAAGUACUCCCGUCUGUGACCGUGAUCCCAACAUGAACCCGUGUCAGGCGAGAAAGUUCCGCGCGCACGUGACACAAGUCCUGCAUGACCGGCUCAUGAGCACUGCGCUGGCUGACAGGGAGCUCUAUGGGCCGCGUAUGGUGCUGAUUAACAUCUUCGCGAUGCUGUUCAACUUCAAGUCGGAGGUGUGGAAUCAGAGGGAGCUCCAAGCCUGGUACUUCUGGUUCCUGGUCUUCUUCGUGAUCAUGGUGACCGUCGUGGGGCAGGACUUUGUCUCCUUCGUAUCGGAUGUGGCCAAAGAUCCGAUGAGCUUCCCGCUGCUCCUGGCAGACAAGAUGCCGUCCUCGACGCACUACUACCUGAACUUCCUGGGCCUCCAGUGGGUGAGCCACGCCAUGAACCUGACGAGGUACAUUCAGGUCAGCAAGUUCGUGGCCUUCACCAAGGUCUGGAAUGACGAUGACGCGCGCAAACUCUCUGAGCCCGAGGAUCAGGACUACUAUGGGAUGGGCUCCAGGAGCGCGCGCUUCAGCACGAACCUGCUCAUUGCCAUCAUCUUCGGCACCAUCUCGCCGCUGAUGAACCUCAUGGCCUAUGUAUUGGGCUCCCUGUUUCUUUUCUUGGCAGCUGGACUGGACCUAUGCCCUUGGUUCGUCAACGGCCGCAAGCAAGAUUCCGGGGGGCACUUCUUCGUGAACCAGCUGAACCACGUGUUCAUAGGCGGACUGGAGGGGCGAAUCUUGUACCAGGGCAAGACCAUCAGCCGCAACCUUUUGGCAGCUGCCGAAGCCUUCUCCCAGCAGUUGACCCCUGAUGCCCAGACGAGACAGGAGACUGUGGAGCCGAUACUCGGCCUCUUCAGCAUCGCGCUCGACUCGUCCUCCAAGUCUCCCAGUGCAGUGUGGAGAACCUCACAGGGAAGGCUCGCGGGCAGCUAA